GUGGUAUUUUCAAAAUACUAAGUUUCAGGUUUGAGGUUACAAAUAAGUAACUUUCUAAUUACUAUUUGCUACAUAAUUGAAUAGUGAAUUGUUAUUUAAAUUUUAUUUUCAACAGAUUAACAAAUUAAAAUUAACGUAAAAAAGUAAAAUUCGACUAUUUAAACAAUAAUAUGACUUCAUCAGGAAAAGGAACAUUUCGACCAGAUUCAGAUGUCCACAUCUCGUAUGAAGAUCAACAAAACAUUAACAAAUUCGCUCGUCUCAAUGCAAAAGCAGACGAUAUUAAAGAUGAAUUAAAAAUAAAAGUUAAUGAUGUAAAAAACUUGGAAGAGGCUGUCGAAGAACUUGCCCUUGCUGAUGAAUCUGAUAAAAUUCCGUUCCUUGUCGGAGAAGUUUUUAUUUGCCAAAACCUAGAAAAUACAAUGGAAUCAUUGGAAAAAAUGAAGGUCAAAAAACAAGAAGAAAUAAGUGAACUAGAGGCAAAAUGUGAGGAGCUGAAAUCACAGAUGAAUGACCUGAAAGCUCAUUUAUAUGGAAAAUUCGGAAGUCAUAUCAAUUUGGAAAAUGAAGAGGAGUAAAAUAUUUAUAUUAAACAUCUAAAUACAUUAGAUUGCUAAUGAUGAACAUGCAAUUUAUAUAAUACCUUUGUUUUUAACUUUUUGUGUUUACAUUGUACUAAUUAAAUAAAGAAACCUUAAUAAAGUGAGGUAUGAGAGAUUUCAAAAAUAAUAUGUACAGGAAGAUGAGUAUAAUCAUAUUAUAAUGAUUAUCCAGAGAUUUAAAAAGAAUAUUAUUAACUAUAUUUAUUUAAAAUGGCUUUACUUGUGUUCUAUUGGUAUAUAAAAAUAAGAACAUACUAAGGUUGGACCAAUGUUCUCACAAACUCAUCAAGGACCUCAAAUUGUUGUUACUGACACCUGUAUAUAGGAGCUAAGUCAUUUUAAAUUCAUAUAAUAAAAUAAACUAAUCUUGUUUAUUUACACAAUAAAGAGGUGUGUCGGUAUGGGUUUUUCAACAUCUUCCUUUUCAUGUACAUCAUUCAUACAGUCGUGCUUUUCAUGUAGGCCUUUGCUGCAUUAUCAAUAAGUUGCCUCCACAUCAUUUAGUCCUCAGCCUGUCACAGGGCAUUUUGCUUCUCUGGUCAGUGAUAAAGGCUAUCUUUUGCAUUAAUUUUCUCCCAUGCAACUAUAUUUGACUUUAUACUUCUUUUGGCACAUUAGGGAAAAAUAAUCAGAGUGAAUUUUCAUGAUUAUGACAUUAGUUGUUCCACUUCACCAUUUGUAUACUUCAAACAUAUGCCUGCAUUCAUGUCUACUAAACCACAACAAAUCAACCAUGGAUGCGAGUUAAAUAAAUUCAAUAUGUGUAAAAUGUAAAAAAACAAUUUAAUCGUAUUUAAAUAAAUGUUAGUUAAUGUUAACAAAAUUAUUAUAAUAUUUUCAUUGAUUGUGAUUAAUACCUUCUUUAUUACAAUAUUGUUCUAUCAACAAACGGAAAAUAGCAUGAGGAAUACUUUUUGUUUUGAUACACCAUAGACAUAAAGCUUCUUGUGUGCAUGCAAAGUCCACACUUUUUUAGAGUAUACAGUUGUCCAUAGGCAAUGUGACCAAAAUAGCUUGGGACUCAUUGAUAACAGAUGAUGGAUACACUGGUAUACAAAUAAUAUGUAAUAAUAUCAAGGAGUUUAUGUAUAUACUAGUGGACCCGACAGACGUUGUCCUGUACACACGUCUUAAAUUUGAAAAAUCGGUCCAGCCGUUAGGAGGAGUUCACUAACAUACACAUGAGCAGGAGAAUUAUGUAAUAUGGACGGAAUUGAGAAUCUAAACCAAUCUCAAAUUCAUUGAAACAAACAAAAAAAUCAUCAAAAUCGUUCCAGUCGUUUUGGAGGUAGUUUAAUUGUGAAUCUAAACCAUUCUCGAAUCCACCUGAACACACACAACAAUCUCAAAUUCACUGGAACACACAAAAAUAUCAUCAAAAUCGGUCCAGCCGUUUAGGAGGUAGUUCAAUUGCGAAUCUAAACCAUCCUCGAAUCCACCUGAAGACACACAGAAAGUUUCAUCAAAAUCGGUCCAGCCGUCUAGGAGGAGUUCAGUGACAUACACACGCACAGAAGAAAUAUAUAUUAAGAUAAUACAAGGAUGAUAAUCAAAAGCUGAUAAUUGAGGAAUAUUCAUUUAUUCAUUACAUUUAUUUUAAAAACAAAUCACAAAAUAUGUAAUACACAUUGGCUAACACAACUUGUUUCAGUUUUGGUGUCACAUAAUUUACUAAGUUAUGCUUGUUUGAUAAAAUUAUUAUAAAAAAUAAAAUAAAAAUUAAUAAACAUA